UUUGUUUUGUUUUGUUAAAACAGAUAUCUAUAAAUAUAGCUAUAAGCCUUGAAUAUGCUUGUUAAACAUAUGUAUGAUAGUUGCACACAAUUGACAAGGGUUUGGAGUGUAUAUUUGUGGUAAGCAUCACUGAUAAGAUAUUUUCUGUAAACAUUGUUCUGUUAUCAGCAGGGUUUGCGGUUUUCGCCAGUUGCACUAUUUAAGAACGUGAGCCCAAUAAAAUAAUUCAGUGAGAGAUCCAAAUUCAACAUGGUAAAGGUCACGGAAGAUACUUUCGCCAGCGGGGCAGUGAAUCCAUUCACCAAGCAAACGGAGGAAAUACGACGCUUCACGCUGAGCAACGAUGAGCAAAUGUCCGUUCAAAUAUUGACGCGAGGCGCAACAAUCAGCAGCAUUAAAGUUCCAGAUGCUCAAGGUCAAGUGGAGGAUGUGACGCUGGGAUUUGAUAAUCUGGCGGGCUACGCCAGCGAACAGAAUCCGUAUAUGGGUGCAACGGUGGGCAGGGUUUGCAAUCGCAUCGCAAAUGGCAGAUUUGUCCUGGAUGGCAAAACAAUUGAAGUCUCCCGCAAUCGAGGAGAGUUUCAGCUGCAUGGCGGCUUUAUUGGCUUUGAUAAGGCACACUGGGACGUGGUCGAACUGCUGCCAAAUGGUGUCAAAAUGUCGCACACCAAUCCCGACGGUCACGAAGGCUAUCCGGGUGAGGUGCGAGCGACAGCCACGUUCAUCCUUACUGAGGACAAUUGCCUGCAUGUCCGCAUGGAUGCUGUGACCUCAAAACCAACGCCCGUCAAUCUCACCAAUCACUCGUACUUUAAUCUGGCCGGGCACAAGGCGGGCCCAAAUGGAAUCUACGAGCACACGAUUCAAAUUAAUGCCUAUGGCAUUACCGAAACGGAUGCAAAUUCAAUACCCACCGGCAAAAUUCUGCCCGUAGAUGGAGGCAAAUUUGAUUUGCGUGUAGCCAGCAACUUGGGUGAUCGGCUCAAGGAAUUGCAGCCAGCUCUUGGAUACGAUGACAAUUUCUGUGUAAAAUUCACUCCGCCCGCAAGCAUUGCGAACAUUGCCCGGAUUACACAUCCGCCAAGCGGUCGCUGGCUGGAGAUUGCCAGCAAUCAGCCUGGCGUCCAGUUCUAUACGUCCAACUUCUUGCCCGACAAGGAGGGGAAGCGUGAGACACCGCUGGCAGGCAAAGCGGGUGCUGCUUACAUUAAACAUGGCGCAUUCUGUCUGGAGACGCAAAAGUUUCCUGACUCCGUGAAUCAUGAGAAUUUCCCCACAAGCAUUCUGCGACCGGGCGAAAAGUAUCAUCACGAAGUUAUCUAUAAGUUUGGUAAGCAGCACUGAGCAAGAAGAGCGUUAAAUAUAUAUAAUAUACUCAUGCACAACUCCAAAAAUAAUGCCAUGUAUGCCACUAAUCCUUUGUAUUGAGUACCAAAGCUGUUUUGAUUACUAAUAAAUUGCGAGCAACGUAAAAAAUAUUGUUUAAUACAAAACUA